CUGGGUGAUAUUCCUCCUUCGUUGGUUCGCUACUUUGAGACCUCAAAAAGCCGAGCAGCAGCCUGUGAGAAACUGAUCCUGGAGGAACAUGAAGAGUUCAAAGAUGGUUUGAUGCAACUGACAAUUGAAAUAAAUGAAGGCGUCUGGAAAUCAAAGGAAAAGAUUCCCAGUGUGUCUGUUGAUGACAAGAAUGACUCUAAGAAUGACGAUGGGAAUACGGAGAAAGAGAACAAUCGUACUUUGGACAUAGGUGACCAUCAGACACAGCCUGAGAAACCUCAGCAUGAGCAGAAAACAGGGGCAAGACAGCAGAGAGAGAUGGACUUCCAGGAAGAGCUGAACAGGAUCACAGAGGCAGAAAAGCUUCAACAGACAGAGCUUGAGCUCAGAAAGAGAAACACCCAGGAGAAACUGGAACAGGAGCUUCUGCUCCGGCAGGAGCUGAUUGGUGACUUUAAAAAGCAAGUGGAGCAGGAGAGGGUGAUGAUUGAAAAGGAGAAAAGGAGGACAAAAAUGGAGCAAGAAAGCCAGAUAAAGGAGAAGACAGAGAGAAGGAAAAGUGAGAAGAGAAAAAAAGAAGAAAUGAGGGAAAAGGAGGCAGAGGAAAAGGAUAAAAACAAAGAUGAAAUAACAGAGAGAGAAGACGUGAGAGAAAAUAAAUGGGUCCAAUUUGGAAGGCACAAAAUGAGAGAAUUGGUAGGAAAGAAUGAGGAAGAAAAGAAGGAAGUUAAGGAAGGGGUGAAAAGAGAGGAGGAGGAAACAAAGAGGAGAGAGGAGAAGAGAUGGUCAAUGGUAACCGAAAAUAUGGUGAUGAUGGGCGGUGAAGAACAAAAAAAGAACAAAAAGCCAAGUGAAGAACUGAAAGUGGUGGAGAAGAAUGAAGAUAAAGAAACAAGAAGAGACAAAGAUUCAAUGAUUGGUUCCCAUAUUAAGGUUAGAGUGAACUACAACGAGGUGAUGAGGGAAGAAUCAGGCUGGAAGACAUCAGAGAAUGAAAUGCAAAACAAAGAAUGGGAAGAGGAGAGAAAGAUAGGAAAGAGGGGGGAUCUAUGUUUAGGGAAAAAAUGCCUUUUAAGAAACAGAGAUGAGAAAAGACAAGACAAUGAGAUGGAGGGACAGGGAUGGAGGGAAUCAGAGACAGUUAUACAAGAAAAAGAAGAAAAUGAAAGAAAUGCAAAGGAUGAAAAGACAGUUAAGGAAGAACGGAAAGGAAGUAUAAAAUAUGAAAGAGAGCAGAGAGAAACAGAACAUUUAGGGAAAACAGACAAUGAUGAGAGGCAAGAAGAGUUAAAGGAUCUGGGAUGCCGAACAAAAGACAGUGGGACAAAUGGAGCAGAAGAUGAUGAAAUGAAAGCUGACAAAGAAGAACAGAUAGAAGUUCUAGAAAAGGGAGAAGAAGAAGGUAGAGGAGCCAUGAAGAGAAAGAAAGAAGCAAAAAAACUGGUUGAGCUGAUAGACCGGAAUGAUCCGAACAAGAAGAAGAAGGAAAAUGACAGUGCAGAGUCUCCACAGAACUCAGACAAAACUGAGCAUUGGACCCCCUUGGUGUCCGUUCCAUCCCUCAUUGAGGCCACAACAAGCCUCAGCAUCUGUGAGACUUCACAGCAUCAUUGUCCAGGAAGAAAUAUGGCUGACGCCUCCACAGACGCACUGGAUUCAGAGUCAAAGCAGUCCACCCCCAUUCCUGCGUCCCUUCAUGAGUACACGGAGCAGAAGAUGUUGUAUUGGAAGGAAUACUGCACACCCUGGUCCAAACUGUCCCUCCAGAACAAGAAGAAGCAGAAGGGUUGCGUCCAGAGCCAGAGGAGGCCCAGGAGGGCAGCUGGCGUUAGCAGUCUGCCCCCUCUUUACCCAAAGACUCUGCUGGAGUCCACAGGCAGAAGAUCCCUGCAGGAGGUCACCACAGCCACAUUAGAAGACCUGCCGGCCUGCAGCCUGUCCACCAUCGCCCAGUGUAAUCGACUGCAGUCCCUCACCCUCAGACGCUGUGGCCUCCAGUCUGUGGAAGGCAUCAGCCAGUUGCAGCAGCUCUGCUAUGUGGAUUUAAGGGAAAACGACAUAUCGUUUCUGGAUUGUGAAAAUAUGAGCAGUUUGAGGGUUCUUCGACUCGCUCAUAACAAGCUGACGUCCAUCCACGGUUUAAGAGGCGCUGAUAGUUUGGACUUUCUUGACCUUUCUCAUAACUCAAUCACUCGCAUUGCUGGUCUGGAGUCUGCAAGGCGACUGCAGAGGCUCUCUGUGGAUCACAACCAGCUGAUUAGCACCAAAGGGCUGAGGGAGGUUUACACUCUGCUCCACCUAGACUGCUCUCACAACCACCUGACAAAGGUUGAGGGUCUGGAGAACAGUGCUCUUCUACAUACUCUGGAUCUAAGAUCCAACAACCUUACUGAGGCCCCCAGUCUUAACAAUCAAGUUCUACUUAGAGAGCUGCUGUUGGACGAUAACAACGUCUCCUCUCUGCACGGCCUCGCCGCCUGCUGGCUUCCCCUUCUGGAACAUCUUGCUGUCUCACAAAACAGGAUAACCCAGCUGCCCUCCAUGAUUGACUUGGUAUCUCUGAAAAAUCUGGAUCUGAGCUUCAACUGCCUGGCAGAGCUGCAAAAUGUUUGUGAAAAUGUGGAGGGAUGUCUGUUUCUUCAAGAGGUCCAUCUGACAGGGAAUCCUCUGCAGCAGGAGAGAGAUUGGAGAUCCAAACUGCAGAAAGCAGUGCCUGGCUUAAGGGCUGAUGACGGCCAGCAGACAGACUCCUUUCUCUCUCCUCUGGCUUCCCGACAGCUCAGCUUGGCCCCACACAGCUUCCUUACGCUCUGUCAAAAGCAGCUAAAGCAAACUCAGGAUUUACAACAGCGUCUCAGCAGGGAAGUCGGGAAUGCCUCAUUGUCUCUGGAUGCUGUGAAGAGCUGCUGCCAUUACUUUACUCUGGCUUUGCAACUCGCUGAGGAUCAGAGAUUCGCCCAUGAACAUGAUGUCACUGCUAUGUCUGCGGAACACAUGGAUGAGGGCCAAACAACGUCUGAAAAAACACUGCACAUGAGUAGAAGUUUAGGAAAGCUCACAGAUUCCCUGAAAACCGAGUCAGCUUUCAGGAGACCUCCAGACAACCUGAGCAGGGAGAAGGAUGGACAUAUUCACUAUCACUCUGAGGACAAACCAAAUGAAAACAGCAGACAAGAAACAUUUGGAGGUGUUAAAACUGGUCAGAGGUCAAUAACAAAGUCAAACUUCACCAAAGGUUUUACUCUCUUUCUGUCUUCAAAAGAAGAACAAACCUCCAACAGUUUGGACGAAGAAUUGGACAAGUUGCACAGUAAAAACACAGCAGCCAUCGUGCUCCAGAGGAUGUGGAGAAAGUACAAGCAGAAAUGCAGACGUGCUAAGGCCUCGUUAAUCGCAGACUCAGAGGGAGAAAAUAAGCUUUCUGUUGCUAACAGAAGCACCUCUGCUGAAGAACAUGCAGCUAUUAUCAUACAGGCGUUUUGGAGGGGCUUUGCCCUGAGGAGGAGGCUUGCUUCUGCGCUCACUGCUUUCACUGGCGCUGAAACCGGAGAGGAGGACGCCUUCGAGGAGGUGGAUGUGCAGGAAUUUGUCGUGGAGGAGCAAGCACUGGAAAAGCACUGGACUCUCACCUUUUCCGAUGAUUUGCCUCCCAUGGAUUAUCCAGUGACAGAGCUCCACUUACCUCCACAGUCCCAGGUGGUGCUCCAACCGAAGCAGGCCUGGGUGGCUGAGGAGCAACCAGACUUUAUGGCAGAGAGAUGUUCAGCAGAAACUCCCAGCAUAAGCCGUUCCUCUGUUUCAACCUUGGUCCACAGCGACCUCUCUGAAAGAUCAGAAAAAAUUAUACAAGAAUGGGGCUUCACCAACAGCCGCACAGCUCUGCUUAUGCUGAAGAGAGCUGAGAAGAUGAAGGCCACCAAACACAAGCAGAAAAAACUUGGAAAUCCCUCUGUAAGGGUUGCUUUCAGAGACUCCAAUUACCGAAUAAGCCCGGCGGAGGCGAGGAACAGGCCUACACAAUACAGCAGACUUUGUUUGAAAGUCGGAGAGGCCCAGAUUGGUCAUCCGCAGGCGGAGCGAACAGAGAGGAUGAGGAGGCAACAGGCUGAGGAGGAGCUGAAGGCGCCGGCUGCUUCACAGAGAGGACCUCAUUUACCACAGAUAAACUCCACCGGUCUGAGCAGAGGUAGAGUUCAGCUCCUGGCUGACCUGUCAUCCGGGGAUCAUUCCAGCGCUGCAGGACUGUGUGUGACUGCCCAGCUUAGCAAAGUGAACACCUAUCCCUGCAGAAGCAACUCGACUCAUGCAACUAAAGAAGCUGUUCCCCUUAAACAAGUCACCUCUCCUGUUGGAAAAAAGGAGCACAUCUCUUUCAACCCCGUCCAACUGGAUGGCGGCUGGGGGGGAGGCAAGAAGAGAGAAAGACUGCAAAAAGUAAGUGGGCCUCCUAAAAAAUGAAGACGGACAGGACCUGGAGCAACCCAAAUAUCUCGAGGCGUUUCCAGAGCUAUCAGUGCUUGGACUUGAAGGCAGCCAGCUCGCAUCAAAACACAUGGAGCGAAGCCACAAAGCUCUGGGAAAUUACUCGCUUCACUGUGGAAGGAAAUAGGAACCAGGAUCUUUAGUACCUGAAGGUUUCCUGCAUUUCCCAACACUGAACUGUUCUUAAUUUUUGUUUCCCGGAUGUUUUAUAAAUAUUGACUGCAAAACCUUUAGAGGAAAAAUAAAAUACUUUUUUCAUUAAUUUCUUGAGAAUAAAAUUUGAUAAAACUUUGUCUGGGUUUGAUUUGUAUUCCGGCCGACCAAAUGUGAAUUUGAAGCCUGGUGGAUCAAUAUUGUUUUUUUUUUUGUUUUUUGUAUUUAUCUCAUGCUGCGUUGCUGUAGAGAGGCUCACCUCGGGGCGUUUGACUUCCUCGCCACCCUGCUGCCUGAAAAAUCAUAAGUUAAUGAACUUCAAAACAAAUAGUGAGCUCUUAGGAGUGGCUCCCUGGCAGGAAAUGCGUGCCCGCCUGCUUAUUUUCCUUCAGUGUUUCAGUUAAGCGUGUCUGCAGGGUGGGAUUCAACUGGAGGCUGGAGAGGAUUUUUAUCUCGCUUAGCGGCACACGCCGGAGAUGUGGUGGUUCUGUUUUGAAACAUAAGAGCUCUGUCUUUUAUCAGGGGGAGUAUGGGGGGAAUUUUGUUCCAUUAUUGUUGCAGGCAAAGAACAUGUCAUGUAAACAAAAA